AUGGCCGGAGCGGCGGCGGCGGUGGCCGCGGGAGCAGCAGCUGGAGCCGCCGCGGCAGCCGUGACGGUGGCGGCUCCGGGCCGGGCCUCGGCGCCCCCGCCGCCCCCGCCCGUGUACUGUGUGUGCCGGCAGCCGUACGACGUGAACCGCUUCAUGAUCGAGUGCGAUAUCUGCAAGGACUGGUUCCACGGCAGCUGUGUUGGAGUAGAAGAACAUCAUGCUGUUGACAUUGACCUGUAUCACUGUCCCAACUGUGCAGUUUUACAUGGUUCCUCCUUGAUGAAAAAGAGGAGGAACUGGCACAGGCAUGACUACACAGAAAUUGAUGAUGGUUCCAAACCAGUGCAAGCUGGAACUCGAACUUUUGUUAAGGAAUUACGUUCUCGAAUCUUCCCAAGUGCCGAUGAAAUAAUUGUAAAGAUGCAUGGCAGCCAGCUGACACAAAGAUACCUGGAGAAACAUGGAUUUGAUGUCCCUAUAAUGGUCCCUAAAUUAGAUGAUCUAGGACUCAGGCUUCCUCCACCUACUUUUUCUGUGAUGGAUGUGGAACGUUAUGUAGGUGGUGACAAAGUGAUAGAUGUCAUUGAUGUGGCAAGGCAGGCAGACAGCAAAAUGACACUUCACAAUUAUGUUAAAUACUUCACGAAUCCUAACAGACCAAAAGUGUUAAAUGUGAUCAGCCUUGAAUUUUCAGAUACAAAGAUGUCUGAAUUGGUGGAGGUCCCUGAUAUAGCCAGAAAACUUUCCUGGGUGGAAAAUUAUUGGCCAGAUGAUUCAGUGUUUCCCAAGCCAUUUGUUCAGAAAUACUGCUUAAUGGGAGUUCAAGACAGCUAUACAGAUUUCCACAUUGACUUCGGUGGAACUUCAGUCUGGUACCAUGUCCUCUGGGGUGAGAAGAUUUUUUAUCUGAUAAAGCCAACAGAUGAAAAUUUGGCACUCUAUGAAUCUUGGAGUUCAUCUGUGACCCAGAGUGAGGUGUUCUUUGGAGAUAAGGUGGAUAAAUGCUACAAAUGUGUGGUAAAGCAGGGACAUACUUUAUUUGUUCCUACAGGGUGGAUUCAUGCUGUGCUUACUUCUCAGGACUGUAUGGCUUUUGGGGGGAACUUUCUGCACAACCUUAACAUUGGCAUGCAGCUCAGGUGUUAUGAGAUGGAGAAAAGGCUAAAAACACCAGAUCUUUUCAAAUUCCCUUUCUUCGAAGCCAUAUGUUGGUUUGUAGCCAAAAACUUGCUGGAAACCCUUAAAGAAUUGAAAGAAGAUGGUUUCCAGCCUCAAACUUACCUAGUACAGGGAGUGAAAGCACUGCAUACUGCUUUAAAAUUAUGGAUGAAAAAAGAACUUGUAUCUGAGCAUGCCUUUGAAAUUCCAGACAACGUUAGACCUGGACAUCUUAUUAAAGAACUUUCUAAAGUAAUUCGAGCAAUAGAGGAGGAAAACGGCAAACCAGUUAAAUCUCAGGGAAUUCCUACUGUGUGUCCAAUUUCACGAUCCUCAAAUGAAGCAACUUCCCCAUACCAUUCCCGACGAAAGAUGAGGAAACUUCGAGAUCACAAUGUCCGAACUCCUUCUAACCUAGACAUCCUAGAGCUCCACACAAGGGAGGUGCUCAAAAGAUUAGAGAUGUGUCCAUGGGAAGAGGACAUCUUGAGCUCUAAACUGAAUGGAAAAUUCAACAAACAUCUCCAGCCAUCUUCCACGGUACCUGAAUGGAGAGCAAAAGAUAAUGAUCUACGAUUACUGCUGACAAAUGGAAGAAUAAUUAAAGAUGAGAGACAGCCCUUCGCAGAUCAAAGUCUUUAUACAGCAGAUAGUGAAAAUGAAGAGGAUAAGAGAAGGACAAAAAAGGCAAAAUUGAAGAUAGAAGAGAGUUCAGGAAUAGAGGGGGUAGAAAAUGAAGAAUCUCAAAAACCAAUUAACAGGUUUUUUACAAGUGUAAAAUCAGAACUCAGGAAUAGAUCAUCAGAAUAUUCUGAUAUUUCUGAUUCAGAAGACUCUGGACCUGAUUGCACUGCACUGAAAAAUAAUUUUACCACUGAAGAGUCUGAAAGUUCAGGUGAUGAAAAGAAACAAGAAAUAACAUCACACUUUAAGAAGGAAUCUAAUAUGAUGAGGAACUUCCUUCAAAAGAGCCAGAAACCAUCUAGAAGUGAAAUUCCAAUUAAAAGGGAAUGUCCUACCUCGACGAGCACAGAGGAAGAAGCUAUUCAGGGCAUGCUGUCUAUGGCAGGGUUGCACUAUUCCACAUGUUUACAAAGGCAAAUACAAAGCACAGACUACAGUGGUGAAAGAAACUCUCUCCAGGAUCCCAGCAGCUGCCACAGCAGUAACCAUGAGGUUAGGCAGUUGUAUCGCUAUGAUAAACCAGUGGAAUGUGGAUAUCAUGUCAAGAGUGAAGAUCAAGACUCUAGGACUUCUUCCUGGAUAAAACAAUUUGAUACAACUUCCAGAUUUAAUCCUCAGGAUCUAAGUAGAAGCCAGAAAUGCAUCAAAAAGGAAGGUUCAUCAGAAAUCAGUCAGAAGGUACAAAGUAGGAAUAGUGUGGACAGCAGUGGCUCCAUCCUUCAGAAUGGAAAGUAUAUGCAGAAUUCAAGCUUGAUUUCGGGGGCAUGCCAGAUAAGUAAUGGCAGUCUAAGUCCAGAGAGGCCAGUUGGUGAAACUUCCUUCUCAAUACCCCUUCACCCCACCAAGAGACCUGCGUCAAAUCCACCACCUAUCAGCAACCAGGCAACAAAAGGUAAACGUCCAAAAAAAGGAAUGGCAACAGCCAAACAACGUCUUGGGAAGAUCCUUAAGUUGAACAGAAAUGGCCAUGCCCGUUUCUUUGUGUGACAGAGCUGCCACUGCAGCCACUCUUGCCUUUGGAGACCAUUCUCGGGGGUGCAGGAGCCUGGAGCAGUCUGCGUGUACAGUAAGGACACUGCCCGAGGAACAGAAGGAGCCGCUGCUGCGUUUUCACUGUGCCACGCCCACUCAGCAAUAACCAGUAUGGACCUACCUGGCGGGGGAAAGGAAGGAGGAGGGUGGAACCUUAAAAAGAGACCUCGAACUGGAAAAGGUCUCUUGUCAGGGCUUGAAUUUCAUUUUGUCAUUAGUAGUGUCUUGAUUUAAUUUCAGUGGUAGGGUAAAGAAUUAUCAAUAAUUUAUUUAACAGAUUUUUUUAAAAGUUAACAGCUUUUAAAUUCUUUCUUUUUUAAAGCUAUUUAUUUGGAAGAUUUCUGAAGAAAUAUCUCACUAAUUUAGAUUUAAGAAUGUGAAGGUUUUUAAAUUAUUUUUGAUAGUGUGUGUGUUACAUGUGGGAAAGAGCCACAGUAACAGUAACUAGUCUGGACUCUUAAAUUUGAUAUUCAGGUUAAAGUCUUAAACAGGGAUUUGAUGCAUUAAUUAUUUUAAAUUAAGAUGUAUAUGAAAAUCAUUUUAUUUUAUAUAUUUCAUGUGUUUUUUAUAAGCUAUUAGCUUCGCUUUUGCUAACAUCCAAGGUGCAUACUGUUAUCCAGGUUGAUUACCUUCUGUCUCACCUUCCCUCUGCACUCCUCAUCAUUUUAUGACGACCCAACAAGACUUCUCGUUGCAGGGAAACACUUUCAUAGCCAAUGUGUAAGAACUCCAUAAAAGAUCCCUCAUUUCCCACUUUGUUUGACAUUGUGAUUUUCUUCUAAAUACAAAAAUAUGGGCUUCUUGCAUUUUCAUUUCUGCUGAUGAUAUCUGGGUCCCAAAGAGAACAACUUUAAUAUCUUUUUCCUACUUGUGGGAAAAGUAUUAAAGUUUGGUUAAAUUGUCAUGUUUGUGGUUUUUCCAAAUACAUUUAUAACUAUAGAGAGCCUUCUUCAUACUGCUGGUUUUGGAGGACAGGACCGAUGCCUGCUACAAAAGUUACCUCUCACAGUGGUUUUUAUUCUUUAGACCUAAUUUGUUGGAAAAUAUGAUUUGACUUAGCAUAUUCAACUCUGCAUAAUAAGCCGUAAUAUAAUAGGACUAUACUAUAUUAAGUUGUAUAGAAGCAAGCAUGUUGGAGUAGAUCUUUUGUGUGUGUGUUUACUUUUAAUUUUUAACCUUCUAAAGAAUUAUUUAUGAUAUGGAUUUGAAGUAAAAUAGGUUCUUUUUGCAGUUUCUUCCAUCUGUCCUAACUUGACCAGUGCAAAUUGAGGUUAGGUAUCUGGUUGAACUUUAAGGUAAUCAUUUAUCUCCUUUAUGUUCAAUUUUAACUAAAUGCCAGUUUUCAGUUGCUUGUAAUAGCUUCUGUUUCCCCCUUUUCCCCCCAUGGCAUAAAAAUAAAUUAUUUCUGGGGGUGGGGUGGAAAUAUUCCCAAAUCUGACAAUAGAGCAUUUUACAAAUUCCUGCUAAGAAAAUACAGGCAAACAGGAUAAAAUUAAUUUUUGUGGCGAAGAAGUAUGGCCAUAUUACAGAUUUGUCUUUUUUUAUUCAGCAAGGUAGUGGGACUUUCCCUUCUAUAUUAAGCAACACUUAAAUUGCUAAGGAAAAAAAUCUAUACCAUUGUCUUUCAUGGUUCUAUUCAAAUGUGUAUUUUCAAAGAGAAAUAUUUCAUACUCUGUCUCCAUUCCAAUAUUUUAUGGGAUAAGUAUGAAAUAGCUUCUGAAUCAGCCUUUUUGGUCCAGAGUAACUGGAACCAUUGGAAUCUUAUCUGGGUGUUAAGAAGAAUUUUUAUGGAAAUCCUCAGUGUCUAUAAGUGGCCUACUUAAACCCUUGUCUACACUAUGCCAAAACUUAGCAGAGAGUACAGUCAGUCUUUGAGUGGUCAUCUUAUGUCAAGAUGCAAACAUCUGGGUUUGACUGAUUCCCCCACCUUUUCACACAGUAUAUUACUAUGAUGUCUUAGUUUUCAGCAUACUGUUUUAGUGUUACAACAUACGUACUUUUAUUUUGGCUUAAGAAAUAAGUGCUAUAAUUUCUUUUUCCAUUUACAUCAUGAUCUGGGUUUUGUUUUGUUUUUUCUUUACAUUUUCUACCUUUAUAAUUACCCUUUUUUUAGCCAUAAAAAUUAAAAUAAAACUAUUUUUAUGAAUUAAAAUCGUGGCCAGUAUCCACCCCAUGUCCUUAGGCCAAUAAACACUAAUUCUGUGUAGCCAGUAUGUGGAUUUUUAAGUAAAGGUACUGUGGAUUCAUUUUUGGCAGUUUUAGCCCAUUAACUGGCUCAGUUACAAAACUUUCAGCAAAGUAAUAAAACUGCUGUAACAGAAUACAUGUAUCUUUUUCUGAAUUGGUGGAAAGUCAGCCACUGACCCUGUGACUUUCCUACUCAAACCUCUUAUAAAGUCACUGGCAAUGAUGCAUCCCUUUAUCUCAUGGAAAUGGCUGAACUUUGAGGUAGCUGCUGCCAGUAUCAUCUGGGCUCAAAAAUAAUAGACAACUUUUUGUCUUCCCCUUAGUCUCAUUUAUAAACACCUACUGCAUAGACACCGUAACUUAGGAAGACAGCAAUUAUAGCAUUUAGCUUGUUGUAAACAAAUACAAAUAUGUAAAAUUGAGAAUUGUGAAUUAACAUAUGCAACUUUAAUGGUAGUAUUAGAUAAUUAUCCUGUAUUGAUUCAAAUAAGACCUCGGAUCCACUUACUGCAAUUCACAACAUCACAUGAUAUUAUGCCCUCCAGUACUGAUGAAUGUUAUAAACAAUACAAAGCUAGCAAUUUAUAAUAGUUCGGUAUCUUAGGAAUACAUAAAGCUUUGUAAGUAUCAGUUCAUUUUUAAAAGCAUACAAAAUUGAAGACUCUGACCAAAAUCAUAAACUCAGAGAGAAAACAAGCCCUUCUUUAUCCUUCAUUAAAUAUUUAGCUUGAGGAAUUGUUCUAUUUUCUAAUACUCCUAAUUACUGCCUUUUCAAUAUACUCUACUGUAUUUAUUCGUAUGAGAUCAGCAGGUAUUUAUCAAUAUCUACUUUGUGCCCAGCACUACUUAGUACUAUGGGGGAAUAUAAAAUUGCAGUCGUGGUCUCUGUCCUUGAAGAUAUCUUCUUCAUGAAAUUAGCAAUGUUAUUUUCACUUCUAAGCAAACUUUAGCAAAAGAGGGCCCAUUCAUAAAAAACAGCAUAAGUUUUUUAGUUGCAAAAGAUCUGAUUUAUUUUUUAAAAUUUAAGAAACAUUUCAAAAGUUAGUAAUUUAAUGAUGGUAAUGGAGGGGCAUGGUAUAACAUGCACGGAAGCAGAAGACCAGGGUUUUGUCCAAGUUCUGCCGUUUAUGUAUCAGCUGUGUGACCUUGAAUAGGUCAUUUAUUCUUUCUGAGUCUUAGUGUUCUCAUUUGUAAGUUUGGAUAAAAAUGCUUAUUAUGAUAAUCAGUUAAGGAAAACAUGGAAAAGCAUUCCUUACUCUUCAUACUUACAGAGAAAUUAUCAUUAUUUAAGUUAUAACUGAUAGUGAAUGCACCUUUAUAUACAUUUUUUCAUGAAACUGCUAUUACUCAUAAAAUUUAUUUUAUAUCAAAUAUAUUCCCAGGGUAUGCUAUCUAAAAAUCUGAAGAAUCUCUAACAAGGUACUGAGUUAAAAUCAGAUUCCAUGCUUGAAGUGAAAGAAAAAAGAAGUGAGAUAGUUUAUGGAUAAGAAUGAGAAUGUUUAUCCUCAAGUACAUUAAGAUGAUAUAAAGUAAUCGAAAGAGAGCGAGAGAGAGCUUUAUGUUUAGGGAUUAGAAUAGUACUGCUCCACAGAUUCACUAUAACUCUUCAGGUACUAGAUAAGGGUGAAAUAAGUCAUGGAAUUAAAAUGAUAAAACAACUACCCAUGGAACUAGGGGACAAAAUAAGGUGAUUGAAAAGAUGGGAAUUUGGAGACAACUAUGGGUUGGGGAACAACAGCUAGUUGGGUAAAGAGAGAAACCACAGUAGUAGAGUAGGAAAGGAGACUGGACUGGACGCCUUCGACAGAGAAGAUACUUUGUUUUCAAAAGAUGCUCUCUAUAGUGAUGAGACUAGAGUUGACUGGGAUAAGUAUGACUCAGUACAGAUUUUGCAUUGAGAGAUGAAGGCCUUCAUAAUAUAAAUCAAAAAAUUUUUCAAAAAUUCAUUUUCUCAUUAAAUAUUAAGCUAAUUUUUCCCUAUAUAAAGAGAAACUAAAGCUCACCAGUCUUUUCCUGAUGUUCUAGACCUUCAUCUAAAUCAAUCUUGAGAAGGUUGAGCAUCAGAUCUUCAGCCUAAGAAAAGAGUGUUGCUGGUAAAUAAAGGAGACAAAUGGAACCCAUAUAGGGCAGUCAUUUGCCUGGGGACACAGUGGAUCUGGGACCUCCAGUACCUUGCUUCCUAAAACAGGCUUUAUCUGUUCUCUGACACUGUGCAGCCUCUGCUUGGCCUGUGGUGGUGGAUGAUGUGCUUACUUGAUGCCAGGUGGAAAGAAAGGGGAAAAAUUAAUAUACUCACUAUAUUGCUGUUGGAUGUAAUGUAGUCUUAAUACUAUAGCCUUACUAAAAACCCUUCCCUUAUUUUAAUUUGUUUUUUAGUGACUGUUGUGCCAUAAGUCAAAUAUUUGUUGAUAUCCCUUACAUGAACAAAUUUUAAAAAUUAAGGUCAUUAAGAAGUAAAUGCCUAUUUCUAAAGUAAUCAACUUAUUGUGAUCAACUGUAGUUUUAUUCUUCUGUAGUAUUUUGUCCUCUCCAAUGGAGAGGAGAAAAUAAUACACUUAGGUUUUCCCUGUCACCCUUGGUGCCCAUUCUAGUGUCCUAAGGCUUUGUCUUAAGUGCAACAUGACAUUUUUUUGGUUAAAACCUUUUUGAAACUUCAGCGAUUCUUCCAACAAGUUUAUCCGCUCUGCACUAUUUCACUAAUAAACCUUGGCUACCACGUAGCCCUUGACCUCCAAGUAGUUUACCUAUGCAAGACCUUGACAUUCUGAACUCAUUUUUCUUUACUUCAGAAAGCAGUCAUAAGUAGAACUUAAUCAUAAGGGUAAAAUUUGUCUCCAACCAGUUUUGUUUUGGCCAUUUCCUUUUCAAAAUGUCAGCUAUUUUCCCCAAGAUUUUUCACCAAAAUAAUAAUCAUAAGUGCUAGAAUAUAUAGUAUUUUGCAGGAAUAAAAUAACACAGACAUACUCAUAUUUCUUUGGUGGAUCUUGCUUUGUAAAAAUUACCAGCAUUAAAUAUAAUAUAUAAUGAGUUGAGUCCUUGCCUAGAAUAAUUUCUUUCCUCUGUGAUUCAUAAGUAACCUUUUAUUUUUACAAAGCAUACAUAUAACUUCCACAUUAUAAUCAGGGACCUGAGGUGUAACUUUCUAAGUGAACCCCAAGGUUAUUUUAUCUUGCAAAAGAAAACUAAACCAAACUAAGAGCCUUACAGUUUAUGGUUAGACUAAAUCAAAAGCUAUAACCUCAAUUUUUCCAAAAACAACUUCUGACUGCAAAAGCAAGUCAUGCAGUUGUUAGGUAUGAAAUAGCACUGAUCAGGAAAUGCAUACGCAUCUUUGCAAGACUGUAUUUCCUUCGGAAAAGACUUUUCUACUUUUAAUAUAAAUUAAGCCAUAACAGUUUCAUGCUGUGGAAAGAGGGUGAAAAGGUUCAUUUUAAGAGAUUAUAUAAUAUGAAUUUUCACAUUUACUGUGAAAUGUCUAACUUUGCCAUUGCUUCAGCAAGUUUUUUUUUUUGAGGGGGCAGUUGGAGGGUGGUG